GGAUGCGGAUUGCUUGGCGUAGUGGCGUCAACCAAAAGAAAGUUGCACAUUGCAGCGCCUUUAGUUUUGAUAACACGUAUAUUGGCUUAGUGGACUCUGAACAGAUUCAGCCAUGGAUCUGGUGCUCAAAGUAUCCGACCACUACGUCCUUACCCCGUAUGUGUACCCGUCGUCCUGGCCCGAGGACGGGGCGCUGCGCCAGUUGAUCAGCCUUCUGCUGGUGACCAACCUGGGGGCCGCUGUGCUGUACCUGGGACUGGGCGGGCUAAGCUUCUUCUUCAUCUUCGACCACAAACUCAUGAAACAUCCACAGUUUCUGGAAAACCAGGUAUUGAGGGAGAUCAAAUACGCCAUAACAUCACUUCCUGUGAUCAGUAUUCCCACAGUAGCCUUGUUCUUUGCAGAAGUCAGAGGUUAUAGCAAACUGUACGACAACGUCAACGAAUCUCCCCUGGGCUGGCCUGGCGUGUUAUUCAGCAUGAUAUCUUUCCUUUUAUUUACUGAUAUGUGUAUCUAUUGGAUUCACCGGUUCCUGCAUCACAAACGGAUUUACAAGAACUUCCACAAGCCGCACCACGUGUGGAAGAUCCCCACGCCCUUCGCCAGCCACGCCUUCCACCCGGUGGAUGGCUUCCUCCAGGGCCUACCCUACCACAUCUACCCCUUCCUCUUCCCCCUACACAAGGUGCUGUACCUGGGCCUCUACCUCUUCGUCAACAUCUGGACCGUGUCCAUCCACGAUGGGGACUACCGCGUGCCCCGCCUCCUCCAGGAGGUGGUGAACGGCUCCGCCCACCACACUGACCACCACCUGUUCUUUGACUAUAACUACGGCCAGUACUUCACCCUGUGGGACCGGCUAGGGGGCUCCUACCGCCAGCCCUCAGCCCUCCUGGGCAAGGGCCCCCAUGACCUCAUACGCAAGCUGAUGGUGGAAGGGAAGCUAAGCGCUAACACAGAUAAAGUUAAUGGGUGCGCUAAUGCUGAUAGCCACAUGAAAGAAAGUAUGCCAAGAUGUAAGACGGAGUAGUUUUUGAAAUCUUAAAGGGAAAUUUUACCAGAUUUUUCAUAUUCAAUUGCCCUUCUUUUUAGUUGUUUCAAAACAUGGGAUGAGAGUUGGUACACCUCAACCAAAUAACUGAUAGUUUCACAAACCAUAAUCAAAGGGUUGACUAUUUUGCCAAACAUAUUUUAGAUUGACAUGCACUUUUUAUCCAUCUUCAAUUACCUGCAGUAAUUCCUUGUUAAGAAUGUUCUUGAUUAGGAUAAACCAAUCUUGUAAUGGAACUGUAAGUCAUGUGUAUUGACUGAUUUAACAGGGACAUGUUUAGAGGAUUCAAAUGGCACAGGAUGCUGGAGUCUGAUAAUGCAGUAAAUACGUGUUUGUGUUCCUCAACCUAUUACUUCUUUUGAAUGAAAGUUUUACUAUGAGGAGGGAGCUAAGUAUGAAUUGUAUGUAUAUAAUAAAAUAUGUAUACAGUGUAUAUAAAUACUGUAUAUCUCA